AUGUCUGCGGAAGAAUUCGAUGACAUUGUCCCUACUAUAAGUGGGGCCAACUCAAUUCAGAGUCCUACGCCCAGUGAACGUCGGUCCACGCUAUACAUGAUUCCUCAGGAGGAACAACGGCUGAUGCACCUCUUCAGUCAAUCGUCGGAAAUGAUGCCAACUGAACAAGAAGUCGAGCUGCAGAACGGAGGGACCCUGAAUAGUGAACCGGUAAAACAAGAAGAAGAUCAAGGUCAGGGUAUGGCCCAGGGUGUGCACCACGACCACUCUAAGAACUUAGACUUAAACUCACUGUCCCAGUCUGUAGUUCCCUCGGUGUCUGCAUUUCCUGUUACGUCAACUGGAGCCAAUUCUAGCAUCAAGAGGAGUACGCUCGCCCAUAUGUCAACCCAAUUUGCCUACAACUCUCAUAAUGAAUCGGUAUUCGAUGACGAAUAUCUCUUUCCCACGGUCCAUAGUAAUGCUCCCAUUGUCAAGUUUGAUGAAACAAACCCAGAACUCAUAAACCACGGGACGCUAAAAGCGCUCAUAGUCCAAUUGACCUCCCCUGAGAUCAUCGACUACAACUUGAUUUGUGACUUCUUUUUGACCUAUAGAACAUUUGUUUCAUCAGUCGAAGUAAUGAACUUAUUGUUGACCAGGUGCUGGUGGUCUUUGCAAUACAUCGUGUCUAAUCAAGAACUGAACAUCAAGAUAGGGAAGUUGGUGCUUUUAAGAACAUUCGUGGUUCUUAGACAUUGGAUUUUGAACUACUUUGUCGAUGACUUCGAUGCUAACUCUUCCAUAUGUGAAAUUUUCAUUACUCAUAUCAACAAGAUGACCAUUGAAUCUGGUUUCGUAAACUCAUCACACCCUAUGAAUUUCGAGACGAAGAUUUUCACAGAUUUAAAGAUCCAUUGGCUUACUCAGAUCAAUGAGUUUUGGGGAACCAAGAUUGACAUUGAGCUGAUUGGUCAUGCAAACAUCUUGCUCUAUCCGUUACCCUUAGUCAAGGAUAUAGCUCUGUCCAGAAACUUCUACAAGCUUUCUAAAAGCAACACUGAUAUGUCCAUACAUACUAAUCCAUCAUAUAGAAGAUCAGCCAUGCUAUCAUUGUAUGAUCAAAAAGCACAUCACAAAUGUUUAAUUUUCGAUGAGAAUGGGAAUGAUGAAAACCCUCAAAUGAGCAUUAAUAAUUUGUUGUUACAGCAUAAAUCGUCGAGAGCCAGUAUAAAUAAUCAAUUGCAACAGUUUCAAAAGGGGACUGGUAUAGUCAUGGUAUCUACUCCAACAACAAGCAGUAGUAACAACCUAUUGAACAUGUAUACUAGUAAAAGAAAGCCAUUGACUCAGGUUAGUCACGCCAAGCACAAUCAUAUUAAUUUGCAAGACAAUUCCGUAGGCUUAAAGAAAACCACAAAAGAUGUCAAUUACGAAGGAGCUGGUGAAGAAGAGGAAGAAAACAAGGAAAACACUAAGCAUUUAAUAGGAGGCGGAGGAAGCUACAACAGCACUAGUUUAUCCGGAGGUGGUGUCGGAUUUUCGACCAAUGGUAAGGUUAAAGUGCCCAGUUCUAGAGUCGAUACAUUGAUCCCGAAAACACCCGUCAAGAAAAUGGAAUAUAUAAUAAAGCCAGAGAAUGAGAACACGGCACUUGAAGCAGUGGCCACCAUAAACGAAAUCUCGAACUUGCAUAAGCCUUCCAACGCAUUUGGUGGUGACAACAAUGAUAUAGGGAGAAAAACCAGUAUCAAGAGAUUGGUGGAUAACUGGAAAAAGUCAUUUCAAAGCGCUACAAAUGUAGAUGAACCACUUACAAGAAUGUCAAGUAGAAAAGAUCUUCCUCCAAUUCCAACAACUCCAAUCGUCAGUGAAGAAGACAUUAAGGCCCAAAUUGGAGAUAGAGUGGAUAUCUUAUCUGCAAGGAUUAUAGAUGAAUUGGAGUACUUGAUCCGUUAUUAUAUUUUAAAUGAACCAACCCCUAACACAAUAAUUGAAGACCAUAAUGACGAGUUGGAAAAUGAAAAUAGUAUAAACAUACUAUCUGCUUCUCCAUCCAAGUUAAUGUUACAUCAAAACGCAAAAAAUAUUGAUCAAGAAAAUCUUACUUCUAACUCAAUUGCCAGUGAUCAUCGCUCAAGACAGAUAAUACAACAGUCGUUGUCUAAUGCUGGAAGUAAUGACGAAUUGCCCGAACAUGACAUUGAUAUUAGCGAAUUAUCACGUUUGAAUAUUGUUAAUAUGGAUCAGAAUCAGGACCAAGGAUCUGACAGUGGAGCUAUCCCAGACCUGUCGGAAUCAUUCCAAAGACCAGCUUCAAUCAACUGGAACGAAGUUGAAUUAGAUCAUUCCAACGAAAAUAGUGGAGUUCUUGGUGAAGAUGAGGAAGAACAAGACGAUUCAUUUUUGAUCGAAGGUGAAGAUUAUUCUAAUAAUGAAUCUGUGGUCCACCGUAGCAGAGAAGAAAGAUUAGCUAAGUCUGGUACACAAUAUUUUGAUGUGAGCUCUGAAUUUCCCGAGGAGCCAGAAUUUAUCUCACUUCAGCACUCUGAUGAAUCAUUCCAAUCAUCCGUUUCAACUCCUAGUAAUAUUACCCAAUAUGGUGAAGAUGUUACAGAUUUGGGAAUCAUUUUAAGUCCACAACUGGCUCAACAGCGGAGACAACAGCAAAAUCAACAAAAUCAGCAACCCAUUCAACAACAACCACAUCCGCAGAGAAAGCUGCUGUUACUCCAGCUGCAAUCACAAAAUACAAAGCGUAUUUCAUUCAAUGAAGCAAACAUAAACUUUAACCAAAAGAGACUUUCCAUCAUAUCUAGAACCUCGUCUUCUUCUGUUUUCAAGAGGGAUUCGAUUAAAUCGUACAUUAGUUAUGAUUCAGUGUUUUCAUCUUCGAAUGGGUCUGACAAAAUUAAAAAAGACAAUAGCCAAUAUGGUCUUAGGAAGAAGAAUGGCUAUAAUAACUUAAGAGGAGUUGGUGAUAUUAUUCCUACAGAUAGACAAUCUUUAGGAUCUCAUAAUUCAAGGUCUUCAUCAUUAAGAAAAAGUAUUCGGUUCAGUACGUUGUACGCACUAACUGAAUUGCCAUUCAAUAACUUAGACGAAUCUAAGGAUGAUAUUGUAAGAAAAUCCAAAAGGUCAAUCAAACUGCUGGACGUUGCAGAUAGUUCAAUAUUUUCAGUAGCAAUAAAGUGCAAAACGAGUGUAACUAGAGCAACACGCACUAGUAAUACAUCUUCUACUCUGGGCUCAGUUGCAAUUCCAGGAAUCAGCAAUUUUGUUCUACAGGAACUUGCUGCCAUACCAGAUGAAUCGUUUAGGUCAAAUGAUCCAGUCGAAUUCGCCUUGUACAAAUUAGAAGGGAGAACAAAGGCCAAGAAGAAGUCUAGUAAAGAUACAUUUGACAAUACUCAAGACAUUUUGAAUGAGAUAAACAAUGCAAAUACCAAGGAUAUUAUAGAUUUUGACGAUGAUUUAGAAUUCGAGGAAGCACCUUUGACACCAAGGAGAUUUAGCAAAGUUAGUAUGGAUUUGCCAUGUUCUACACCAGUGAAGAGAGAACAUAGUCAUGGGAAUGGCUUUAACAGCGAAGAUGAACAUAAAGCUGGUGACGAGGAUGAAGUCGAAAAAGAUGGAGAAGAAAUAUUUGGCAUAGAUGAUGAUGAGGGCGAAGACGAGAUUGAUGAGGGAAAGAUUUUGAGCAGUCAGGUCCCUCUUUCACAUAAGGGAGUUUAUGGGUUUCUCUCGCCAAAAGCUAUACUCGAUGUGUAUACCAUUUCAAACGAAACUUUGUCUAUUGAAAAAGUUCUAUCGUCAAAUAGCCAUAUCUCUUUUGUUUUAGGAUAUGAUUCAAAGUCACUUGCAGAUCAUUUUACUACAAUCGAACAAGAUAUUCUUCAAGAGAUUGAUUGGAAGGAGUUGAUUGAGCUUAAGUGGAAUAAAGAUUUACAACCAGUGAACAGUUGGCUUGAAAUCAUUGUAAAUGAUAACUACUUCAACCAGAACAAGGGAGUAAAUUUAGUUAUAUCCAGAUUCAAUCUCAUGGUUAAUUGGAUUAUUUCUGAAAUCUUGUUAACAAAACAACAAAGCGAAAGGAUUCUUAUUAUAUCUAGGUUUAUCCAUAUUGCCCAGAAUUGUUUAUUAUUGCAAAAUUUUUCAACCUUGAUGCAAAUUAUCUUGGGUUUAACUUCAGAGAAAGUCUCGAAGUUGAAAGAGACUUGGAAAAAUUUACCACCAGGAGACAUCUUAAUGUUAAAGAAUUUGGAAGAGUUAAGCUCGCCUUUAAAGAAUUUUUUGAACAUUAGGUUAUGUAUCAAUCAGAUAAAGCCAUCAAAUGGUUGUAUUCCAUUCGUCGGAUUGUAUCUUUCAGACUUGAUUUUCAAUGCUGAAAGACCAGCAUUUAUCACACCUCCGAAACCAAAUGGGGAGGAGAAUUUGAGCAACAUUAGUGGUACUAGUGCAUUCAGUGCAAAUGAAAAGUUUAUCAACUUUUCGAGAUUUAGAACCUCCGUACAUAUUGUGAAGUCGUUGUCUCAAUGUAUUGAGUGGUCUACACACUACAGAUUACCGGUGAAGGAUGAAUUAUUAUCCAAAUGUUUAUAUGUGAAAAGUUUGGAUGAAGAUGAGAUGAAUUAUUGUUUAAAGGUGAUUCUGGAGGAGAAUGAGGAGAGUUAA